AGCAUCAGCUGGGAAUAUUGCAGUAGUAAAACAGUGUUGUACUUCGUAAAUCUUAUGAUUAGAAGAAAAAUGUCGGGCUGGUUCUCAUUUUGGAGAGUCCAGACGAAGCUAGAGGAAUGUACAGGGCCGUUUUUUGUUGGCUGCACUGAUUUAAUGUGCGCUAAAGAUGAAUUUACAGGUGUUUCUACAGUAGCCGGUAGUUUUAUACGUUUCUUUUACCCAGCGGAGAAGACCGCCGCAACAUUGAAUGAAUCGAAAAGAUGUUUUUGGAUACCUCGUCAACAAUACGCAUCAGGGCUUGUAAACUUCAUGAAACUUCCGGUUUGGCUUCUGGGAAGAUUUUUCUACUGGUGUGUUGGUGGCUUGCAGAUCCCUGCAAUUUAUAAUGCACCUCUUUGUAAACCUACUGGAGAGGAACAGUUGUUACCUUGUGUUGUAUUUUCACAUGGCCUGGGUGGUAACAGGUUGAUCUAUAGUACGUACUGCUGUGAGUUGGCUUCCCAUGGCUGUCUGGUGGCAUGUGUGGAACACAGAGACGAAUCAGCUUCUGCUACUUAUGUUCUGAAGAAGAAUGAAGGAGAUGAAAAGACAACAGAGGAAUGGAUCCAGUACCGCCAUCUCCAAGCAAAUGAUGAUGGGUCUGAACUUCGAAACAAGCAGGUUCACAUCAGAGCAAAUGAAUGUAUAAGUGCCCAUAACAUUCUUGAAAAUAUUCAGUCUGGACGUUUUCCAACAAAUUUAUUCCAGGAAAAUUCUAUUUUACAACAACUAAAGGGAAGACUGGACUUAAAAAAGUUUGCAGUUGUUGGUCAUUCGUUUGGAGGUGCUACUACUGUCCUGACUUUGGCAAAGGACAAGCGAUUUAGGUGUGGUGUGGCUCUUGAUGUGUGGAUGCUGCCAUUAGGAAAAGAGAUAUAUAACUAUAAUCUUGAUCAGCCAUUACUGUUUGUCAAUUCACAGCAAUUUCAUCGCUGGGACCAAAACAUGGAUCCUCUUAAAAAGUUAAUUAAUGAUAAGCCAGAAACACGGUCAAUCAUAGCGAUUAGGUGGACAAGACAUAUGAACCAAUGUGACAUACCGUCAGUUUUACCACCAUACAUGCUGUAUUGGACUUCACUCGGUAGUAAACUUGAUCCAACUACUGCAGUGAAACUUAACAGACAAGCUAUCUGGGCUUUUCUAAGGAGACAUCUUGAUAUUGGAAAUCCACCUGUACGUGAACCAGUUAUUGACGGCGGGGAAGGGACACCGGAAUACAUCAUCAUCGGUCCAGAAUUUAUAACUGAAGAAGAACACAAGAAACUAGACACGGCAAAGAGUUCAUUGUAGUACUCUGAAGAAAAUUAACCCUCUUUCCAAAUUGAUUUUUCUAUCGGUGUCCAAAUUGUAUGCUUCCGAAGGUGACCUAUUCCUCCACUACCUCCAUUCAUGACUCUAUUCUAUUCAAUCAAAUAUCAGAGGGAAGUAGUUUUGAAAAUAGCCGGCGUUAUUUUGACGUAAAGAAAAUAUUUUUGGAAGCCUGUUACUCUCUAAACGUUCCUACAAACUUACAAAACACUUUUACUUGAAAGAAAACUAACUGCCUUCGCAGCCCAAGUCUUCCCAGUUUUGAAUGAUAAUAGAGUUUUGAAACACUCGAUAAGUAUUUGAAAUAGUCAUCAAAUCUUACUCUAUUUAUUACAACAUGCACUUCUAAGAAACACAAUUUUAAAUGUGGCUCCUUUGAUGUAAAUUUCCAAGAAUCAAUAAACACUCCAAAAAAGUGUCA